AGGAGGGUCUGCUUGCGCGCUCCCGUGCGCACUCCCCUUCUGUCUGCUCUCCGAUCCAAGCCCGAUCUAUUCGCUGACUCAGUGCCUUAAGGAGCAUCACCGUUGACCAGAACAGAACCACAACAUCCUCUACGGAGAAAUACAUCAGCCAUGGCAAAAACAGCAACUGCCUACAAAGAGAAGAUGAAGGAACUGUCUGUCCUCUCCCUCAUCUGCUCCUGCUUCUACCCAGAGUCUCGCAACAAGCUUGUAUGUGAAUUUGAAGACAUGGAGGUGAAACCUAUAAACAAGCGAGCCUCGGGACAGGCCUUUGAGGUGAUUCUCAAGCCUCAGUCUCCAGUGUCAGAUGUUGCCCACAACCUCCCUUCACCCCCAAAGAGGGAUAUUUCCUUGGAAGACAUCGAGAAGAAACUGGAGGCUGCUGAAGACCGGAGGAAGUACCAAGAGGCUCUGGUGCUGAGGGCUUUGGCAGAAAAGCGAGAUCAUGAGAGGGACGUGUUGCUAAAGGCCAUGGAGGAGAACAGCAACUUCAGCAAGAUGGCUGAGGAGAAGCUCCAGCUGAAGAUGGAACAGAUCAAGGAGAACCGUGAAGCCUACCUGGCAGCCAUGAUGGAGCGCCUACAGGAGAAGGAGAGGCAUGCCGCUGUGGUGCGCAGGAACAAAGAAAUGAGGGAAGAGCUGGUAGCAUGAACCUCACACAAGUCCUGACUUCCGAGGUCCAUCCAUGUCCCUCCAUCCAUGCUCGCCCUGCCCUCAACUUCUCUGAAACAAACACACGUCCCUGAAGGCCAUGAGGCCCAAGGGCCUCACCACCAUAUCACCGCACAUCUUCUCACCAGUACUCACGACUCUCCGUAUUAUCAGUGAAACAAACAUCAAUAACACUUCUUUUGAGAAUUGAACAGACUUCUUGAGUUUAGAAGAAUGCAAGAAUAUAGCAUUUAUUUUUUAUCUAUCUAUCUAUCUAUCUAUCUAUCUAUCUAUCUAUCUAUCUAUCUAUCUAUCUAUCUAUCUAUCUAUCUAUCUAUCUAUCUAUCUAUCUAUCUAUCUAUCUAUCUAUCUAUCUAUCUAUCGUAGAGUUUCAAACUUUUGGUUUGUCAUUGAUUUUCAUUUCAGUUGUUGAAAUUUAAUUCCACAACGAUUUUCUUGUGAAAGGUCGCGGUGUUGUGAGUUGGCAGGUAGAUGGACAGUUUGCAGCGUUUCCUGAUGGUGUCAUGAUAAUGAUUUUUGUCUGUUUUGUGAAAGAACGAUCGCUGGUGCACCUACACUUCAAACUGCAUAAGAUAUGAACGUAUCUCAUCUUUUUUCCUCCCUCAUGCAUACCUAAUCAUUCUCAGUACGCACACUUGGAACUUAUUAGGCCAAACCCACAGAUUCAUAGUGUCCACCUCCUCUGAAAUGAGCUUGAUAAUGAACUUGAUAGGUGCUUUAUUAUAAUUAAGAAUGUCUGCCCAACGGGAGCAUCUGUUUAUACACGUGCAUAUUCCCACUUAUCCUGACAAGAACAGGUUUUUUUCCCCCAGUAAAUCCAUGCUUAGUCAAAUAAAAAUCUCUGCUACAAACACAGUGUUUGAGGACUAAUCUUACAAAUUUAUGAAUGUUUUGACACCUUCCUGGUCUCAUGCAUAGUGUCUUGGACAGUGGAAUGUGCAGUUGCUCCCAUCUUGAUAUUGAUGGUGUGAACAUAAUGUAUGUCUGUGUGGGUGUGUGUGAAUGCAGAUUUAUCUUGAAGCAUCAUUAGCAUCUUCUCUGUUUAGAAGAUUGGGUAGAGAAUGGAUGCGGGAUGCUUUACAUUCAGCACACUGAACUAGUCUCUUUUUAAAAUUCCUUAUACCACUGAUAUUUGCCUGCAUCCUCUGCUGCUUGUGUUUCUCCCUUCAUAUAAUUCUCUGUGAAAGCUUUGCUGAAUAAAGGAUUGGGGAUUCUGUGAACAUGGCAUGCACCAUCUAAUACUUUUCUGUGCUACAACACAAGGGGAAUUGUAAACUGCCAAAUAAAAGAACCAGUUAUCUAUACAACCUGA